UAUCCGAAGGAGGAAAGAACGAGAAAAGUUAAGCAACGAGCAGCAAGAUCGACGUAACUCAGGAGACCGAGGAGAGAGAGAGGAAGUGAAGCGACGGGUCUGUUUUUCUUUACUUUCAAUCUGUGCUCUUUAAAAAAAAAAAGGAAAAAAGAGGUUUAAAGAUGAUCAUGAAGGGACAGAAACGUAAACUCCCACCAGAGGACGUGGAGGUGUCAGACAGGAGCUGCCUCGCCUGGGAGAGCCAGCGCCAGUUUGUGUUCUCAGUUUCGCUGAGUAAGUAUCAGCGUGGCCAGGAGCUACCUGAGCCCAGCCUGCGGCGCUCCGUUCUCAUAGCCAACACACUGCGGCAGAUGAGCCUGGAAGCUUGUAGGUCACCCUUGGUUGAGAGGGAGCUGUCUCUGCCACCCUGUAGUUCUUCAUCUGUGCUGCAGACGAAGGAGCAGGAGAGUAUUUUCCAAGCAAAACAUCACUCGGCAUUCAUGGUUGCUAAUAGCCUAUCAGCUCCUCCCAACUGUCAGCUGGUUUCACCAGAUUGGGCUGCAGGUAUGUCUCCAGCAAGUUGCUAUUCAAGUGCAUCGAUGUGUGUGCAGGAAGAUGAUGAGGACUGGGGAUCAAUGUCCACCGAUCCUGAUUUCUCUCUUUCAGCUGCCGUUUCCUCCAUCCUCACUGCACUGGACUCUACCAUCGACCAGCAGGCAGCUCCGCGGACACCUCUCAGGUCCUUGGAGAACCUGUCGGAGUUCUCCGAGGGAGGUGUUACAGGGAUGAAACAGGGGGUCAGAGGUUAUGGGGUUGGCUGGGAGCAGCAGCAGGAGGACUGCAGGGUGCGGGAGAGCAGCAUGGAGGUUAUGAGGUCUAGCUACCUAAGUGAUCUCACCGUGGAGGAUCUGUUCCAGGAUAUAGACACAUCUCUGCUGGAGAGGGACAUGGGAAUACUCGGGCUGAGAGGCAGUGGAGGUGGAUACCCGGCUGGGGAUGAUCUCCUACGAUACCUGCCGCCUUUCUCUCCCCCGUCAUCCUCCUCGCACCCCUUCUCUCUCUCUCUCAACCAGAAUCUAAAGUGCCUGCCUUCAUUCGCCUCAUUCAGCCCAUCGUCUUUCUCAUCCAGCUCACCUUCUCUCUCUUCACCGCCAUCCUCUCCCUUCUCCAGUCAGAAUCAUAUGAGAGAAGGAAUUGAUCUGGAGCACCUGAUGGAGAUCCUGGUGGAGUCCUGAUAGACUCAUCAUACUGUAAUAAACCCACUUCUACAGGAAGCAACUUGAACAAAAACUGAAAUGCAGAUUCUAAUGGCAAAUUGCCUUAUUUUACCUUUUUUUUAUACUACUUUUAUAGUUUAUUAUGGGCUUUAGAAAGUAGUAAGAAUGCUCUAGAAAUGUUUAAAAAAAAGGGUGAUGUCUAAGACAGAAAGUGCUUUUAUGAGGGGAUGCUGAGAUGCUUUUGGCAAUUUUUUGUGCAACAUAAAGGUUUUUAUUUCAUGGCAAUAAUGAAGGUCAUGUCACACUGAGAACUAUGUGGGUGGCAAGUCUGUGUUUUAACUGCUAAGCAGUGAGUCAGUGCAUGAUGAUGAAGUGUUAAAUAUUUUACAACGGUUUCCUUCAACAAUGUUGCCUUAAAAUUUGUCCGAUGCAUCGCAGCUUCAAGAAACACUGAGUGUGCAGGAGCUCGGAGCCAGUUAGGCCCCGACAGUUCAGUGGAGCAAAGCUCAGUGAUGCUGAUGUUCUGAACGUUAAUGUUAAUGUGAGAUCUGAGAGAAUGUGAUUUGGCUGGUGUUGAAAGGAGAAUGGUUGAAACACUAAAACAGUAGGUCAAAUCUUCUGUGAAGAAAUCCUUUAACCUCAUAUUUAUCAAUGAGUUAUAACAAGGACAUGAUGUCAGAUGGUUUGAGAUCCGGUCAGGAUUUCAAAGAAUAAGAAAAUAUGUUUUUAAUGAUCAAACAUGCAUAUUUUUUAUGGUAUCAGGUCGGUUGGCCUGAUGAAGAAAUCCUUAAGGACCAGUAUUGAGUUCAGUGAUGAGUUAAAUGAAAUAUCACUUGUGUUUAAGUCUUGAAAGUUGUAUUUAUCUGGAUGACUCUUAUUUGUAACCUUGAGUUUUCCAUUGUGUGAUUCCCAUUUUAUUAACAUAUCCUGUAUUGGUAGUAAAGACAGUUACUGCUUGAAUAUUGCUCAGUGUAAAAAAAAAAAGCACAACUCUUACUGCCUCUCAAACAGCUGAGUGCCAAACCAUGUCCCAUCUGAAGACUGAAACUGGAACUUGAAUUUCUUUUCUUCUCUCAAAUGUUUCCUGUCAGAGAACGAGUCUGAGUGCAGCUGUAGCUCAGGAAGUUCAACGUGACAUGUGGGUGUUUUCUGUUAAGGCUACAGGCACAGUCACGCUCAGAAGGAGCUUUUAAUGUCUUUUUUAGAAGUUGCUUUUAUUCAAAAAGCCUUUGCAGUACUUUCAUUAUAUCCUCAGUUUGAAUGUGACAGCUCAGAGCCACUGUAAGUGUCACAUUAUGAAUUCACAAUCACCUCGGCUGUUUUAGAUGAGUUCUGGAUCAUCAUCGUGCUGCAGCCACAUUGGCUGAUGGUCCGGAUGGUGCUCACUUCCACCUUAUCAACAGUUGUUCACUUGUCAGUAUGUCAUUUCCUCUUUGUUUUUCGUGGGGUCCAUAAGUUUUGUCUGAAUCAUUGCACUUUUGUUAAUAAUAUGCAUUGUUAAGUGUCAGUCAUGUGAGCAUGUGGUUUGUGUUUUACUCUGUAUUUAUUGUUAUUAUUUUAUAAUGGUAAAAUUACAGGUAUGAUAUAGCCAGAUUGUCCCUUUUUGAACCCCUUAACUGCAGUUGUUCUAAAUGUACUGUUAAUGUCCUGUUUUUAUUGUUUUUAUUUUAUUGUUGUUUUAAAAAGAAAAAACACAUAGGAAAAGGUGUUUUUAUCUGUAACCUAAGCAGCCCUUUAUGUUGACCCAGCAUUUAAACCAACACUGCUGAAAUGUGACAGAAGACAAGCUGAGAAAUAGUUUGAGGAAGCACGUGAUGCCUGUCUAUCGGGUGUUUGUACAUUUAUAUCCUGUUCAUGGAUCAAAGUUGUUUUCUCUGCCAAUGUCCUUUCUGAAUAGCUGGACUGUAGUCUCAAACUAUUUAUAAAUGGCAUAUUUUGUUAACAAGACGAGUAAUUUAAUGUUAUAUUUGACAAUUUACUAAUGGUAUAUUAGUAUACUGCCAUGGCAGUUAUUUUAUUUACUUUUAUUUUAUUUUUUAUAUUUUGCAAUUGAGGGCAGAAUGCCCAGAUACUGUAUUUAGACUUUUUAAAGAGGGCUGUUCAGCUAUA